AUGGAGCAAAGUUUCUUGUAUAUGGAUCUCACCUUCUCUCAUCUGUUGCAAGACGACGACCCAGGCUUUGACUUUUGGGACUCGGCAGACGCAUUUUACGCUCCUCCCAUUGCAAUCUCCAUGUCCACCAGGAUCAUUUCGUCUCCGGAUCUAGCUGGAACUGAACCCGGAUCUUCACGUUCGCGUUCGCAGAGGCCAAUCGGCUUGGAGGCUGAUGAAUUUGAAGAACAAGAGGGUGCUGGCAGUGGCACCGGCCCUGGUGGCCAACACAACCAAAUUCGCCCGACGACAUCAUCUUUCUCGCUUCCUUUGCCACCCUUGAUUCCCAACCCUCAUCGCGCUCGCCGGAGCUCAAGCCCGACUACAACAACACAACGGCCGAGGCCUUCCCACUCCCCUCCUGGUCUAUCUCUCCUGGGCUUUCAAACGCCGCCUCGGAGAAGGGCAACUAACUUGUCAUCGGAAAACCUUGACCUGCCACCAAUUAAUCUUCGGGAGAGCGAAACUUCAGGGCGAUACAGUCGAAGCCGCGCCAUUGAGAAUUUAUUGCUUGCUACCAAUAUCGGGGAUUCUGAUCUUGAUGAUCUUGCUGAUGCUGACUUCUCUUCACCCUCGACUUACCCGUCAUUCACGAACACAGAUCCACACCAAAGUCAAGCUCUAACUCCAGGUGUAAGCCAAACUGCAGCGCUUCAGGCUUCCAUUUCCGCGCCGCAUCGUGCAGCUGCCAACAGUGCCGCUACCGCCCCACGCGACCCCUCUGCCGCUCACCAUUGCAUCUCUAAUUUCUUGGGCCUUGAGCGUAGCACGACUCAACUCUCCUCUUCCACCAACGCAGCUGGCGAAUCUCAACCGACUCUUCCUAUCUUUGACUCCUUCGACGAAAGCGACCUCUUCGACAGCCCCGCUAGCUCCUUCUCCGACGCUAUGCCUCCUGCUCUUCGACGGAGCGCUGCUUCCCGGACCGGUUCUACGCACGCAAGCAAACGACAACGGACAUCCACUGCGGCUGCAAAUGGGAACACGAUAUCUUCGAGACAAUCGCCGAGGCAGAAGAAGAGCUCGGCACCAAAGAAAGAAAUGGAUGUCGAAGAACUAUUCGGCUCGAGCCCGCCCCCUCGCGCUUUCAUCGAUCUUGAGACCAACGAAGAUUACGAUACCGUUGAUUUGACCGAAACGAACGAAAUCCCUGACGAGAUCAAACAGCCAGAGAAGGACGACCGCAUCAAGCUUGCUGCCUUUCAUAACACAUUGUGUCCCUUUGCGUAG